GGGGCCCAGGGGCAGAUUUUGAGGUCCAGGGGCAGAUUUCAGGGCUCAUCCUCCUUUCUUCCAUCCCCUCCAUGCGAAGAUCACGACGAUUUUUCGGGGAUUUCGCAGAAAUCUCUUCCCAGCCUGGAGCAGCCGCGUUUUUGCCCCCCCACCCCGCCUCGCCCAGCCCGAGCUCGGAGCUUUGGGUACAAAAACCCCAUUUUUGCGCAAUGGGCGAGAAACUCCCAUUUCCUGCGGCCGAGCCGCCGCUUCCUUCCCGCGCCCCCGGCGGAUCCCGGCGGAUCCCGGCAGAUCCCUCAAUCCCCGGGAGCUCCCAGAGCAGGAGGAGGAGGAGGAUGAGGAUGAAGGUGAGGAUGAGGAUGAGGUUGGAGUUCCUGCUCCUCGUGGCUGCGGCUUUUGCCUCGUGCUCGAGCCAGACCGGGCACGAUCCCAGCGAGGAUUCCCGCCGGGAUUCCCGCCGGGAUUUCCGGGAUUCCCCUCGGGAUUCCCGCCGGGAUUCCGGUUCCGCCGCCCCCAGGCUCCUCCCGGCGCCGCUGCUGCUCCAGCUGCCCCCGGAGCCGGGUCCGCCCCGGAUCCGCUGCCUGGCCCCGCGCCGCUUCACCGGCAGCACCUUCGAGCUGCUCCGGGGAGUGCCGGGGCUCCCGGUGCGCAGCGUCCCCGCCGCUCCCGACCGGCACUGGGCCGACUUCUCCCUGCCCGGAGCCGCCCGCUGCUUCCGCUGCCGGUACCGGAGCCACAACGGCAGCGCCUGGCUGGAGUCCGAGCCGAGCCCCGGCACCGGCGGCUCCGGUGGGUGGCGGGGAACGCCGCGGGGAAUCCGCGUCCCGCCUCCCGGGGCUGGCCCCGAGCCCAACCCGGGGUUUUUCGCCCCAGAUUUGGGUGAUACCGAGUGUCAACCGAGCACCGGCACCGCCGCGGGACCCGCACCCACGGCCGGGACCGUGCGGGACGGCACCGGGACCGCGCGGAACGGCACCGGGACUCUGCAGAACGAUCCUUCCUGGCUCCUCCCGGUCUCGGUCGGUGCCGCCGUCCCGGGGCUGCUGCUGCUGCUGGGGGCUGCGGCCGUGGGCUGGCGAGGUGGGAGGGGGGCUCGGAACCGGGAAUUCGGGGGGGCUCGGAACCGGGAAUUCCGGGGACUCAGAACCGGGAAUUUCGAGGGGUUCAGAACCGGGAAUUCCGGCGGGUUCGGAACCGGGGAUUCCGGGGGGUUCAGCGCCCAGGGACCCCCACCCCGUCCUGCUGGGGCGUCCUGGCCCCCGGUGCCACCGGUUCUGUCCUCACAGGGCUCCGGCGGCGGCGCGGACAGAGCCACACGGUGCCGGCCCCGAGCCUCCCCCUGGCCCCCGCGCCGACGUCGCUGUCCCCGUGAGGGGUCCCGGUUGUCCCCUCCUCCUUCCCGGUGAGGACACGGAGCCGGGAGCGCCUCCCGGUGUCACCACGGAUCGAGGCUGGCCCUGGAUCCGGUUACCGGGAGCCCUCCGGGAGGAUCCCCCCAGCCUCCGGUGCUGCCGGGGCUCCACCGGACUCUCCGGUGCCAAUAAAGGUGUUUGUCUCCAGCGCCGCCGCAUUCCCGGUGUCCCGGUACCGGUGCCC